GGCCGAAGGGGCGGGGCUUGGGGCAUCGCGCGCGGAUCUCGUUAUCCCGGAGUUGCUCGAGCCCGAGCGCCGUCUUCGCCGACAUGGUGCUUGACACGCUCGCCAGGAUCAUCAAAGUGCAGUUACCCGCCUACCUGAAGCGGAUUCCUAUUCCCGAGACUCUGGGUGGAUUCGCCCGGCUGACAGUUGCAGAAUGGCUGCGAUUACUGCCAUUUCUUGGGGUUCUUGCACUGCUCGGCUACCUGGCUGUACGACCUUUCAUUCCCCGCAAGAAACAGCAGAAAGACAGCCUGAUUAAUCUAAAGAUCCAGAAAGAAAAUCCCAAAGUGGUUAAUGAAAUCAACAUUGAAGAUCUACAGUUCACCAAGGCAGCAUACUGCAGGUGUUGGCGAUCAAAGACGUUCCCGGUUUGUGACGGUUCUCACAACAAACACAAUGAAUUGACGGGUGAUAAUGUGGGUCCAUUGAUCAUUAAGAAGAAAGAAGUAUAAUAUUUUUUAUUCUUUAAUCAUGGCAUUAUUUGUUUUGAGAUGUAAAGAUCAUUUGUAAAGUAUAACCAUUAACUCAGUAAAUGCAUCUUUACAGUGAAAUUUGUACAGAUAAAUUGUAAAGCUUUACUUAUCACUAACAAAUGUCUAAUUUUUCAAUGUACAGUAAAUAAAAUUUGGCAAUCUACUCUUUACUAUCAUGAUUAAAAAAGUAAGCAAUUGUUUAAAAUUGGAUUUUUCUUUUAUUCCUUCAUUGAGAUGAUGGCUUUGAAUUUGCAAGUUAUUUUGAACCUUUGAUUCCUUAGUUUUAUAUAGAAGACAAUGUACGCUGUCUCGAAUGCUCUUGUUUAUGAAUAUCUUUUUGUGGAAAUGCAAAUCAUUUUCAGUUGCCAAAACAAAUCUAAGCCGUUUGAGUCUGUUAGAGGGGAUUCACCAAUGUUCAGAAUUUUCUUUUACCGAAGAGUUCCCACUUUCUGCAUUGGUAUUAUGAACUCUUUUUUUUUUGCUUUUGCUGAUACUCCCAUUUUAUCUAAACCAAAAUCCAAGAAUUAUUUUCAGUGCGGCAGCAGUACAGCAGGCUUUUUAGUAACCGGCAACUGUGGGACCAGGAACAUGCUGGUUGAUCAAAUAUUCAGGAUGAUCAAGAGGUUUACAUAAUCAAUGUAAAAACACACACGCUAAGUAAUAGAAAUGGAAAGCAGAGAGUAUACACAUUGCUGUUAUACUUUAUUUACACCAUAAAUCAUUUAUUAAUAAUAAUAAUAAUGCAACUUUGUCUUAAAUAAAACUUACUGAUAGAGAGCUCAGACAUUGCAAUAAUGCAGUAAAUUUCUGGUAUUUGAGAUAAACUCCCCCAGCAAAAAUGACCUAUCAAGCGCUCUGGUUCAUAAGGUGUCAGUCAAAACAAAGUUUGCUGUAUUGUAUUCUGUAUAAAAAUUGCACAAAAUAUUUGUUUUGCAAUGUGAAAUUUAUUGCUGGUGCUUAGUAGCACUUGUCAAGUUGUAAAUCCAAACCUCUGUAUGCUAAAAGACUCUUUGACUUUCUUGUAUAAGCAGUGAGGCAGAACUUGGUAAUAAACAGAACUUGUUGCA